GAUGAAUUUUUGCGACGGUAUCCUUUCCAAAGACGAUUGUGCUAUUAUAAUUCGCCAAGAUGUUAAACUUUCUCGUAAUGCAAGCAUAAACAUUUUAAAAUAUGAAAUCAAAAAGCUUCCUGGUCACCCAGGUUAUCUAGGCCAGUACUUCUUUAUCACAAUCCACUUUCAAGCUGAAUCCAACGUCGUUGAAUCAAGGCAAUAUUUUGCAAAAUCGCUUCCUUAUCAUGAUGCGGUCCUGAAAACUGCUGUAGAAGAAUGGGGCAUUUUUCGGAAGGAAGCUGACUUGUACAGUAAGAUCUUUCAAAGCUACGAACGCAAGCCGAUCGACGAGAUGAAGUGGGCUCCAGAAUGUUUUCUAGCUCGAAGCGACUUGAUAGUCAUGGAAGAUCUUACAAAAUCGGGAUUUCGAGCUAUGCCAUUUCAAACGCCCUUCAAUGAUGCUCAUAUGAAAUUGGUCUUCGAUCGCCUGGCCCAAAUGCAUGCAUGUUCUAUUCAGUUUGAAAUCGAGCACCUUGAAGGAAAAUCCAUUGGUUCACUUUUCAAUGAUGAAAUACUGUUUGAAACCACCUUCACACCGAAAAGUGGUUGGUUUGUAGCAGGUCUAAAAGGUAUUUAUGCAAUUGCAUUAAAUCGACUUGCGAAUGAUGCGUCACAGCGUUCAGCAAUCAAAGACCAAUUGUGGAGCGUCUUGGAGCAAAGCUACACCCUAGUGAAAUGUACGAAUCAGUUUCGUUCGGUGAUAGUUCAUCGUGACUUGUGGUUUAACAAUAUUUUGUUCAAGUUUGCCGAAAAAGAUGACCAUUUCACUAAUCCGAUAGACUGUGUGUUGGUAGAUUUUCAGCUGGCACGGUAUUUACCUCCCGCUUUCGAUUUCAUGUGUGCUCUGUAUCAGCUGACAAAUCGUGUGCAGCGAAAAUGUUCUACAGAUUCGUACAUUGAAUACUAUUACGAAUCUCUGCAACGUAAGCUAAUUAGCUUCGGUCUGAAUGGCCGUUCUAUACUCUCCAGGAAAGAAUUUGAGCGGAGUCUUAAAUACUAUAGGAUAGUUGGGCUCAUUUGGGCUGGUGUGCUGCAAGGAUUCGUCAACUUUCCCACGGGAGUAUUGGAUCAGUUACACGAAAGUGAUCCCGAUACCUACACACGGAUAUCUAUGGAAAAUCGGGAUGAUUUUAUUUUAAAAUAUUACGAUUGCGAUCGUUUCUAUCGUGAAACCAUGGAUGACAUAGUAACAGAAAUAUUAGAGUAUUUGGUUGAUAAAUAGCAUAUCAAAAUGCACCAUUCCAUUCGAUGAUUAUCAAGGUUCUCCAUAAAUAGCUUAAUAAUACUGUACACUGAAUAUGUGAAUGAAUUUGGGUGUGAAUUUGUAAUUUAUUAGAACCCUACCCUACUGUUUACAAGUUUUAUUAGUACACUAUGUUCAACGUUUUUGAAUAAAGCAAAACUUAUGAAUGGUAUUACAAACUAAAAAUUCAAAUUAUAUAA